AUGAGCGAAGAUGCUAUUAUUAAGAUAACUCCAGCUUUGCAAAAUUCAAGUUUACCUGAGUGGAUUUAUUACAAUCAAGCAAGCCGAGAACUGUUAGCAGUCCCAACCAACCAUGAUAGUUAUGCCAUGGUCAACCCGUCCAAACAGCAGCUGGGCAGGAAGAAAAGAUUUGCACGGAGGUUUAUGACACCAGCACUAACACCAGUCCCAGACUUGGUGCCAGCAACCAAAGUGAAGCCCACGUCUUCAACACAUUGGUGGUGGUGGCCAGAGACGAAAUCAAAGAGUUCUGAGUUUGUCGAAGUGACCAGUUCAGACUUGCUAACAGCAGAUAAAAUGACUAAGCCAUUCCUUCCUCAAAGUGAGACUAUUAGUCAUACACUAAUACCAAGUUCCCACUUUUCACAGAUAUCCCCUACCAAGAGUUCCUACUUUGUAUCAUCACCAGCAUCAACACGUGAUAUCAAGGUACCGUCCAGUGUUUUUCCUGAAACAAUCUCAAGCUACCAAAUGGAAUCACUAUUUUUUUCAGAGUUUCUCCCUACCUUCAGUUCAAGCCUUAUAACAUCACAAGACACCGUUCCUGAAAUGACACCCUCAACAGAUUACGACAUGAAAAGCCGAACGUAUAGCUCUUCUACACACACACCAACUCCAGAAGCAAGUAAAAGUUACACAGAAAUUGACAGUAUGUCAGGAUCUGGUGAUUCUACAUAUACUGAUGAAGAUGCAAUACCUGUUAUCGAAACAACACUACUACCACAAACCUACCCCCCUAUUAGCCCUUAUAUUACGCCUUCCCCACCAAUACAGAGACCAGAUACAGAUGCUCACUCUGUGACAGACAUGCCCUAUGCAGGAUCAGGUUCAGGUUCUGGAAAUGAUGAAGAAGAAACGGUGAGCAUUCAACCAUCAACUCAAGAAGCUUCAGACUCCUUGUUCGUUCCAACACCAUCUUUAAGUUCUGUCAUUGACUCUAGUGAGAGCAACAUCUUUUACUUUGAGGAAACAGCGAGUGCGUCAUCUAGUAAAGAUAUGAGUUCUUCAAUCUAUAUACCAAGCUGGGAUACUGAUCUUUUCUCCUCAUCCACAUCCUCUUCUUGGGAGAUAUGGAUCACAAAAGAUCCAUGGGCAUCCAAAAACAGUGAACGUACACGGGAAACUUGGCACUCUGAAGACGAAGACAUGCGUUUUCUGCCCAGAUUUUCUGGAGAGAUCAAUUCCAGAUCUCUGCUCUUUUCAUUUUGGCAGGACAAAGACAUGCGUUUUCUGCCCAGAUUUUCUGGAGAGAUCAAUUCCAGAUCUCUGCUCUUUUCAUUUCGGCAGGACAAAGACAUGCGUUUUCUGCCCAGAUUUUCUGGAGAGAUCAAUUCCAGAUCUCUGCUCUUUUCAUUCGGCAGGGGGGCGAAGACAUCGUUUUCUGCCCAGAUUUUCUGGAGAGAUCAAUUCCAGAUCUCUGCUCUUUUCAUUUGGCAGGACAAAGACAUGCGUUUUCUGCCCAGAUUUUCUGGAGAGAUCAAUUCCAGAUCUCUGCUCUUUUUCAUUUUGGCAGGACAAAGACAUGCGUUUUCUGCCCAGAUUUUCUGGAGAGAUCAAUUCCAGAUCUCUGCUCUUUUCAUUUUGGCAGGACAAAGACAUGCGUUUUCUGCCCAGAUUUUCUGGAGAGAUCAAUUCCAGAUCUCUGCUCUUUUCAUUUCGCAGGACGAAGACAUGCGUUUUUUCUGCCCAGAUUUUCUGGAGAGAUCAAUUCCAGAUCUCUGCUCUUUUCAUUUCGGGCAGGACGAAGACAUGCGUUUUCUGCCCAGAUUUUCUGGAGAGAUCAAUUCCAGAUCUCUGCUCUUUUCAUUUCGGCAGGACGAAGACAUGCGUUUUCUGCCCAGAUUUUCUGGAGAGAUCAAUUCCAGAUCUCUGCUCUUUUCAUUUCGGCAGGACGAAGACAUGCGUUUUCUGCCCAGAUUUUCUGGAGAGAUCAAUUCCAGAUCUCUGCUCUUUUCAUUUUGGCAGGACGAAGACAUGCGUUUUCUGCCCAGAUUUUCUGGAGAGAUCAAUUCCAGAUCUCUGCUCUUUUCAUUUUGGCAGGACGAAGACAUGCGUUUUCUGCCCAGAUUUUCUGGAGAGAUCAAUUCCAGAUCUCUGCUCUUUUCAUUUCGGCAGGAUGUUGAUAUCUUUCUUCUUAACCUCAUUCUGUUCAUAGUCCGUUCACUCAUUCUCUUAUUCAUAGUCCGUUCACUCAUUCUCUUAUUCAUAGUCCGUUCACUCAUUCUCUUAUUCAUAGUCCGUUCACUCAUUCUCUUAUUCAUAGUCCGUUCACUCAUUCUCUUAUUCAUAGUCCGUUCACUCAUUCUCUUAUUCAUAGUCAUUCUCUUAUUCAUAGUCCGUUUCUCUCAUUCUCUCAUUCUCUUAUUCAUAGUCCGUUCACUUUCUCUUAUUCAUAGUCCGUUCACUCAUUCUCUUAUUCAUAGUCCGUUCACUCAUUCUCUUAUUCAUAGUCCGUUCCUCAUUCUCUUAUUCAUAGUCCGUUCACUCAUUCUCUUAUUCAUAGUCCGUUCACUCAUUCUCUUAUUCAUAGUCCGUUCACUCAUUCUCUUAUUCAUAGUCCGUUCACUCAUUCUCUUAUUCAUAGUCCGUUCACUCAUUCUCUUAUUCAUAGUCCGUUCACUCAUUCUCUUAUUCAUAGUCCGUUCACUCAUUCUCUUCCGUUCAUAUUCCUCCGUUCCUCAUUCUCUUUUCAUAGUCCGUCAUUUCUCUUAUUCAUUCACUCAUUCUCUUAUUCAUAGUCCGUUCACUCAUUCUCUUAUUCAUAGUCCGUUCACUCAUUCUCUUAUUCAUAGUCCGUUCACUCAUUCUCUUAUUCAUAGUCCGUUCACUCAUUCUCUUAUUCAUAGUCCGUUCACUCAUUCUCUUAUUCAUAGUCCGUUCACUCAUUCUCUUAUUCAUAGUCCGUUCACUCAUUCUCUUAUUCAUAGUCCGUUCACUCAUUCUCUUAUUCAUAGUCCGUUCACUCAUUCUCUUAUUCAUAGUCCGUUCACUCAUUCUCUUAUUCAUAAUUACAUGAAUAAGGCCCCCAAGGUUCGAGCACCAAUAGGCAGUGUCUACGCAGCAGUCGGGACCAUUUUCAAAUUCCAAAUUCCAAAGAACACAUUCCAUGAUCAUGAAGAUGGUAACACCAGACGGCUUACACUUGAUGUGUCAUUUCACUGGGAGCCACGACGACCCCCAAGCAACAUAAACAACUGGUUGGAAUUUGAUGAAGUGUCCCAGACACUGACUGGAUUACCAUUAGGAGAAGAAAUUAAGCAAAGUCCAAUGGAAGUGACAAUUAAUGCGUUAGACAAAGGAGGAAAACUUGCUCAGGAUGUUAUUAUGAUCUAUAUCAAUUCCACUGUGGUCGACCUGAAUCCGACAUACGAGUUUGUUAUGAAGUUUGAGGUGAAUGGUAAGAAAUUUCUAGCUGAACGCAAACAUAUGAGAAACUUGAUGAAGAAAGUGAGCUCCUUUUUCGGUGAUCAAGAUUCAAGCUACAUCACAAUUCUCGAUGCUAGGCCAGGUUCUUUGAUUCUUACUUGGACAAAUAAUAGCAUACCAACAGACACUUGUGAUAACGCAACAAUUCAGGAACAAAGAAAAAAAAUCUUUGAUGAUAAUGACCACAUCAAUCCAAAAUUCAGAAAAUACAUGUCACCACGGUUCACUGUCCUUAGUGCUGAAUUUAAUCUAGAUGGUGCAUGCUUGGAUACUGGAACCGAACCUGGUAUGCCAAGUGAAACAGAGACAGGGGACGUGACAGAGGUGAACCCCUGGGCUGAAGCAAUUAUACCAACUGUCAUUGCAGUGGCUAUUGCAAUUUUUAUAGUAGUUGUUAUUCUUUUGAUCUGCAGUCGAAAACAACGGCAGAAAAAAAAUCAGAAAAACGAACAAAGGAAUUCAUUUGAGGACCAAGAUCCUGUCAUGUUCCAUAGUGAGCGGUCAAAUCCGGAUCGUGGAAUGCGUGCAAAACGGGCUGUUAUUCUGCCUGGAGAUGUAAAUUCAAAGACUUCUGGACAUCGGAAUUUCUCCCCAUAUCAAGCAUCUGGAUUUGGAGAACCAGAUAAUUGUUCAGAUGAUGAAGAAGAGGAUGAGUCGGGACGUUACUCAUAUAAUAAUGGCUCAACUAACCCUCCUCCACCUUAUAGACUACCCCCUCCAUAUUACCCAGAAAGUGGGUCUUCUUAUGUGUGA